UUUUUUUUUUUUUUUUUUUUUUUUUUUUAAAAUGAUUUCCUUUCUAUUUGAUUCUUUUUAGUACUCCUCUAGGUAUCCUUCAUUUUAUCUACUACUGUAAUUGAUUCCCCAAGUGUCUAACCUCGGUAAGUAGUUGGUUGGUACAGCAUGCGGGCUUUGAUCUGUGGUGCUACCUCAUGGAAGCACCCAAGCGCCAAAACCCACCCCGCCUCUCGAGUACGGGUGUAGCAGGUAGUCGAAUAAAACCGUGACACUCUCGUUACGCUUAAACCAAGUUUGGAAGCUUGAAGACAGCUGUGGCUGUUUGAACGUCAUCGGAUCUAGUGUGAUGUAGGCAGUAUAGUGUAGUGUGUAUACCCACACAGCUCGACCCCUCCUCCUAGGAUACCUGAGAAUUACAUUUGCUCGAAUAACAUAAUGGCGGACCAGGUUCCUACUUAUAAGCUUGCCUCUGGCUAUUCCAUGCCGCUCGUCGGCUUCGGUAUCUGGAAGGUUCCUCGCGAGACAUGUGCCAACCAAGUGUACAACGCCAUCAAGCUUGGAUACCGCCACAUCGACGGCGCAUGGGACUACACAAACAGCAAGGAGGCCGGCGAGGGUGUUCGCCGCGCCAUCGACGAGGGCCUCGUGAAGCGCGAAGAUCUCUUCAUCACCACAAAGCUAUGGAACAACUACCACAAGCGCGAGCACGCCUUGGAGAUGGCGAAGCUCGAGCUGGAGGCGUGGGGCAUCGGCUACUUCGACCUGUUCCUGAUCCACUUCCCCAUCUCUCUCGAGUUCAUCCCCUUUGACAAGCUCCGCUACCCUUGCUUCUGGACCGACGCCGAGCAAACCAAGGUCACGCCUCUCGCCAAGGUGCCCAUUGCCGAGACGUGGAAGGCCCUAGAGGACAUGGUGCAGACCCCUGAAAACCCCAACGGUUUCGUCCGGAGCAUUGGCGUCUCCAACUUCUCUGCCCAAUUGCUCUACGACCUCCUAUCAUACGCCAAGGUUCCCGUGUCGGCUCUGCAGAUCGAGCAUCACCCGUACCUGACGCAGCCGCAGCUCGUCCAGCUCGCGCAGAAGAACAACAUCCUAGUCACCGGCUACUCGUCCUUCGGACCCCAGAGCUUCAUCGAGCUGAACAACGUAGACGCCGUCAACGCCCAGCCCCUAUUCGAGGUAGACGUUGUCAAGAGCAUCGCGGAGAAGCACGGCAAGACGCCUAGCCAAGUAUUGCUACGCUGGAGCACACAGCGAAACAUCGCAGUGAUCCCCAAGUCCAACAACGUCGAUAGGCUGAAGCAGAACCUCGAGUCCGCCACGUUCAGCCUCACCGACGACGAGAUCAAGCAGAUUUCAAGUCUGAACCAGAACCUGCGUUUCAACGAGCCCAACUCGUUCGGCUUCCCGAUAUUCGCGUAGCGUAGGGCAUUCUACCUACGAGUGCUAGGCAUAUCGAAUUGGCCGCAAUUGAUAUCUCUAAUUUCCCUAGAUGAUGUAUAGAAAAACGUACUUGGUAGGAAGCGAGAGCAGAGCAGGAAGGAUCCGCACAACAAGCUGUCACCGUUAAAUAAUUCGUUACCUCGGGUAUAUAAUCUACCUAUCCAAAGUGGCGUAACCACGCCGCCCACUUUCUUUCUAUGUUCAUUCACAUCUUACCAGAUAUAGGUAGACAUAAGUGUAACCGUGCAUAUUAUUUAUUUCUGUACUCCAGGAUAAUACCAGAUCAACUAAGUUAACCAGUCAUGCUGACUCACAUACUCUGUUAAUCCCUCCAUAGCGGCGAGGAAUUGAAAAACUAAAGAUUGAAAGGGGGCCGCGUGUAUGUUAUGUCCAUUUAUUUGUACGUAUGUAUGUAUGCAUGUAUGUAUGGCUAUGAAGACUUUUUGCUCGAUGCGCAGAUUCUUAACUUCAAGCACUAAUAAACACACACACACGCAUGGGAUCCUAAUCAGCCCGAACAAGACUGUUCAUCUACCUAUCCAUAGCUUAUAUAUAUACAAAUAAUACGACGAGUUACAAAACAGGCUUAAUCUC